CCGGUAGAAUGCAGUUACCGGCAGUCAUUGUCGGUCUUCUGUUGAUCAUCCGGCUAUCCAGGAGUGAGAUCCUGACGCCGCCGUACUUCAAUUUAGCCGAGGGUAAAGAGAUCGUUGCCUCGGCUACCUGUGGCGUUGACACUACUGGCCCCGAAUUAUACUGUAAACUCGUCGGCGCGAACGCCGAUCAAGAUGAGGAUAUUAACUUGAUUCAGGGCCAGGUAUGCGAUUAUUGUGAUCCUGAUAAUCCUGAAAAAAGACAUCCACCUGAAUAUGCGGUGGACGGUAUGGAGACUUGGUGGCAAUCACCACCUUUAUCAAGGGGAAUGAAAUAUAAUGAAGUCAAUUUGACAAUAAAUCUUGGACAAGAAUUCCACGUGGCUUAUGUGUACGUGCGUAUGGGCAAUUCACCUCGGCCAGGACUUUGGAUCCUGGAGAAAUCAAAGGACUACGGCAAGACCUGGUCACCUUGGCAAUAUUUCUCAGAUUCCGCCAGCGACUGUCUGACAUAUUUCGGGGUAGACAGUCACAAGCCGAUUAUUCGAGAUGACAGCGUAAUUUGUACAACUGAGUAUUCGCAAGUUGUCCCGCUUGAGGGUGGCGAAAUUCCGAUCUCGAUUCUAAAUAAUCGGCCCUCAGCGAAGCACUAUUUCAAUUCGACUUUGUUGCAAGAAUGGACACGAGCAACCAAUGUUCGUUUCCGUUUUCUCAGAACAAAGAAUUUGUUGGGUCAUUUGAUGUCUGUUGUUCGUCAAGAUCCUACCGUUACCAGAAGAUAUUUUUAUUCGAUCAAAGAUAUCAGCAUCGGUGGUCGCUGCAUGUGCAAUGGUCACGCGGACAUCUGUGACAUUCAGGAUCCCAAUAUGCCAAAGAAAUUAGUCUGUCGAUGCCAGCAUAACACCUGCGGACCUCAGUGUGCAACAUGUUGCAAAGGUUUCGAACAGAAAAAAUGGAGACAGUCUACAGCAUCAAAGAAAUUCAUAUGCGAACCUUGCAACUGUUUUGGACAUUCGGACGAGUGUAUUUACAAUCCGGAAAUUGACGAGAAGCAUUUAUCAUUGGAUAUCCAUGAUAAUUACGAAGGCGGUGGUGUAUGUCAAAACUGCAAACACAACACUGAAGGUAUCAAUUGCAAUCGUUGCAAGCCCAGAUUUUACAGACCGAGAGACAAACCACUCAACGCAACUGACGUAUGUCAACCCUGCAACUGCGAUUACUUUUACUCAACUGGAAACUGUGCCGAUUCCUCUGGAAAAUGCGAAUGCCGGAAGGAGUUUACACCACCGAACUGUGAUACUUGCAAUUAUGGUUACUAUGGCUAUCCUAAUUGUUUACCCUGCCAAUGUGAAUUACGGGGCACUGACGGUUAUCAUUGUGAAGCAACAGAUGGUUAUUGUCCCUGCAAGUUAAAUUAUGCCGGUCACUAUUGCAAUCUCUGUGCUGAGGGAUAUUACAAUUUCCCCGAUUGUUUACCCUGCAAUUGCAAUCCUCUGGGCGCCUUGAAUGAUAUCUGCGAUGUGAUAUCCGGCAACUGCACAUGCAAAAACAACUACGGAGGUAGAACAUGUGAUAUUUGCGAGGACGGAUACUUUAAUUAUCCUCUUUGUACAUAUUGUAACUGUGAUGCACGUGGAACAGAAUCCGGUAUUUGUGAUAAGAUGGAUGGUACUUGUUUGUGCAAGGAAGGAUAUGGUGGUGUUAGAUGCGACCAGUGUAUUCUCGGAUAUUAUGGUUAUCCUAAUUGUAGACCUUGCAACUGCAGCUCUGUUGGUUCAUCUAGCAUCAGUUGUGAUUCCGCGGGCAAAUGCUCAUGCCUCGCUAAUUUCGCUGGAAGAACUUGCAAUCAAUGCAGUCCAGGAUAUUAUAAAUACCCGGAAUGCAUUGCAUGCAAUUGUGAUAGUCACGGCUCGAUUGGCGUAUCAUGCGACAGCGAAGGUAAAUGCCAAUGUCGCGAGAAUUUUGACGGCAUUCGAUGCGAGCAAUGCAAAGAAGGAUAUUACAACUUUCCUACCUGCGAGGGUUGCAAUUGCGACCCAGCUGGCAUAGUUGCGACUUUCCAAGGUUGCGGUUCCUUACCGCCUGGUGAACUUUGUCAGUGUAAAGAACGUGUCGAGGGAAGGAUAUGCAAUCAUUGUAAACCACUUUAUUGGAAUCUGCAGCCUUACAAUCCGGAUGGUUGCGAAGAAUGCCAAUGUAAUAUUCCUGGGGUCAUCGGCGGUAUUGGCGAGUGCGAUACUAAAACUGGGCAAUGCAUCUGCAAACCUGGUGUGACUGACAGAGGAUGCACUAGAUGCAUCGACGGAACGUAUAACCUUCAAGAAAGUAAUCUCUUUGGUUGUUCAGAUUGCGCUUGUGACGUUGGCGGUUCUGUGAAUCCAAUAUGCGACAAGCAAACUGGUCAAUGUCCUUGUCAACCAAGAGUAACCGGUUUAACGUGUAAGGAGCCUUUAAAAGCGCACUAUUUCCCUACCCUUCAUCAAUAUCAAUAUGAGGCCGAGGUGGGCAAGACUCCCAGCGGUAGUAGCGUUCGUUAUGGUUUCACAGAAGAUCUCUUCCCAGAUUUCAGUUGGAAGGGUUAUGCCGUAUUUUCUGCUCUACAAGAUGAGAUUGUGCUAGGUGUAGGUAUCGGCAAAUCUUCGCUCUAUCGGAUGGUUUUACAUUAUGUAAAUCCUAAUAACGAGCCGAUCCUUGGCACUAUCACUAUUACUCCUGACAGUCCAUCAGAGGUAGAGCAAAAGUUUAAAGUCAAUUUUAAGCCGACCAAUCGACCAUCUUUCGUAACAGUUGCCGGAGCACAUGGCAACCAUCCAUCGCCCAUGGUUAUGAACCCGGGACACUGGUCCAUCAAGAUCGCCACAAAGAAGAGUCUGUUUCUCGAUUACUUCGUUUUACUACCAUCGGAAUAUUACGAAGGCGGUAUACUGACGCAAGAUGUGAAUGUACCAUGCGAAGUCGGUUACAAGGGACUUUGUAGACAUUAUGGAUAUCCAAACCUGGCACGAUUCGAUUCGGUUCACGGUGCUGGCGGCUUUCUCAGCGAGAACAACGUCCGAAUCCCAUUGACUGAAUAUUUCACCGAUUACGAGACUCUGCAAGAGAUAGGUGAAGACGAAGUACCGCUCAUCAACGAUAAGCAAGAAGAAAUUCAUUUUGAAUUGAGAAUUAGCAAACCUGGUCCUCACGUUCUUGUAGUGACUUAUGUUACUUCGCGAGAUGAGCGAGAUACGUCCGUGUUGCUAAUCGAGGCAAACACUGUUGGCAAAGGCAAAGUAACCCUGAAUCCCUGUAGAUUUACCAGCACUUGCCGACAAGUUGUCACUGAUACUUAUGGCAAAGUGGCUGUUAUGAAUUUCUCAUCGAAUUACGUUAGCUUGGUAUUGACCGGCGAACCGACUUCAAAUGUCGCGAUUGAUUCGAUAGUGGCAAUCCCUUAUCAUCAGUGGUCACUGGACUAUGUCAAGCCCAAAUCUAUUUGUGUAAGAAAAAAUGGCAAAUGCAUACAAGGGCUAUUUCCUGGUGCUGCUGAUGCCAAAAAAAUCGAGUUUGAGACUUCCAGUGGUAUUCCCGAAACUGAAAAUCGACCUCUCGGUAUUUACGAUAACGCCACUAAAUUGAUCUAUCUAGGUGAUGGUGACACGGUGGACAUUCACGCAAAAGUAUCUCAACCAGGAGAUUAUGUCUUCGUGAUACAAUAUUAUCAACCGGAUCAUCCUCAAUUUGAGCUAGAUGUUUUGGUACAGAAUGGCAAAUUUUACGAAGCGAAGAUGCCGGUUCCUCAUUGUCCGAGUAACAGCGGCUGUCGCAGUAUCAUACGUCAAAUCGAUGACAGUGACAUCAGAUUUCAAUUAAUCGAAAACUUCAUGCUGACGUUAAAAGAACCUGGUGGUGGUCGCGGUAUCUGGCUAGAUUAUAUUUUGGUGAUCCCAGCAGAUCAAUACAAUGAAAAAAUUCUUGAUAAACUGCAGUUCGAUCAGACCAAAGAAUUUAUCAGGCGCUGCGGUAGCAAUCAUUUUCAUAUCAAUGUCACUGAGGACGGUUUUUGUCGUAAUUCCAGCUUUUCUUUAACGGCCAACUAUAACAAUGGUGCACUGCCCUGUAAUUGCGACAGUGAGGGCUCUACAAGCUUUGAAUGCGAUAAAUUUGGCGGUCAAUGUCCUUGUCGACCAAACAUCAUCGGUAGACGAUGCGAGAUAUGCAAGACUGGCUUUUACGGUUUUCCCAGAUGCAAACCAUGUAAUUGUCCCGCUCUCUGCGAACAAGAAAGCGGUAGAUGCAUAUGUCCGCCCCGGGUGACGGGUCAACAAUGUGACCAGUGCGAACCUGGUACCUAUGGAUUUCAUUCGAUCAUUGGCUGCGAGGAGUGCGACUGUUCGCCUUUAGGCGUCUUGGACGGUGAUCUACAAUGCGAUCUGUUUGACGGUACUUGUCGUUGCAAGGAGAACGUGGUAGGCCGUAAAUGUGAUCGUUGCCGCGCUGGUUAUUCGCAGUUCCCACAUUGCGAGCGCUGCGAUUGCGAUUCACGCGGUACAACUGGUGACAUUUGCGAUCAGUAUACAGCCGAGUGUUUCUGUAAGGCAAACGUGCAGGGUUUGGCAUGUGAUGUAUGCCGCGAAGGUACUUUCGAUAUUCAGGCUGAAAAUGCGGAUGGUUGUACCAAAUGCUUCUGCUUUGGCAAGACCACCAGAUGCGCCUCCGCGAAUCUUUACUGGACCCAUCUCAUGGAUAUGGCCGAUUGGGAAUUAGUUAUAUCCAUCGAUAAAAACGGCAAUUUUACCAAUCUAUCAACCUAUCCUGUAAACAACGCAACUGCAAUUACGGUUUCACUCAUCACUAAUGACACGUUCGAGAACGUCGUCUACUUUUCAACGCCUAAUAUCUAUCUCAAUAAAAAGCUGACCUCUUACGGUGGUUACCUCAAUUAUACCGUUUACUAUAGUACAGGACCCUUUGGCAAGGCUGUUAGCGCUGCCGAUGUGAUCCUUCAAGGUGCCGAUACGACGUUAUUCUAUUAUUCUGAUGAGCAGCCACCAUCUUUCGUAAACUUUAAAGCAUCUGUUCAGCUUGUUGAAGCUAAUUUUGUGACUAGCAACAGACUCCCCGCUACCAGAGAACAGAUUAUGGUAAUUCUCGAAGAUCUACGUGGUAUAUAUAUACGUGCUACGUACUGGAAUCCCAGUCUUAUGGCUAUAUUAUCGUACGUGACAUUGGAUGUUACAACGGAGCAAUAUUCAGCUCAAUACAAUGCCGCUGCUAGCAGUGUGGAACAAUGUCAGUGUCCACCAAAUUAUCAAGGAUUUUCAUGCGAGGAAUGCGCGCCAGGAUAUUACAGAAUCAAAUCAGGACCAUAUGGAGGCUAUUGCGCGCCCUGUCAAUGCAAUGGUCAUGCGGCAACAUGCGAUGUAAACACCGGAAUCUGUCAGAAUUGCAAAGAUGGUACCAUUGGCGACCAUUGCGAGUUCUGCGAGCAAGGUUAUUAUGGUAAUGCCACUGUGGGCACACCGACAGAUUGUCUGAUCUGUGCUUGUCCGUUGCCAAUCGCCUCUAAUAACUUUGCUACUGACUGCGAAGUGAAUGAGGAGGGUAAUAAGAUCAGCUGCGAUUGUCUACCUGGAUAUUAUGGUGCCCGUUGCGAGGCCUGCGCCGCUGGAUAUUAUGGUAAUCCCGAAAUAUAUGGCGAUUAUUGUAAGUCGUGCGAGUGCUCUGGGAAUAUCGAUACCAAUCAAAUCGGCUCAUGUGACAGUAUCACUGGCCAAUGCUUGCAAUGUUUGAAUAAUACCUAUGGCGAGGCGUGUAAUUUGUGCGCGCCGGGCUAUUUCGGCGAUGCUGUAGAGCGGAAGGAUUGUCGUAGCUGCGUGUGCGACGAGUGUGGAAUGAAACACUGCGACAGCUACAAUGGUCAAUGUUUCUGCCAAGAGAACGUGAUCGGCGAGCGAUGCGAUCAUUGCGCGCCUCAUCAUUAUGGCUUCAACAGUUGCGAGGGUUGCAAGCCAUGUGAUUGUGGCUUGGCCUCGGAGAGUAGUCAGUGCGAUGAGGAAACGGGACAAUGCAGAUGUAUGCCAGGCGUUACUGGUCGUCGGUGUGAUCAAUGUAUUCAAGGAUAUUGGAAUUACGGAUUGUAUGGAUGUACAUCAUGUGAAUGUCAUACUGGAUAUUCCGUUGGUGUAUCUUGCAAUACAACUACUGGUCAGUGUACUUGUUUACCCGGAGUAAUUGGUGAAAAAUGCGAUCAUUGUCCGUAUCGGCACGUGCUCAUCCCGGCACAAGGCUGUUUCUCCUGUGGUUCUUGCACGGGAGAUCUUUUAGAUGUCACGGAUGAACUAGACGAUUUAUUGAAGCCUGUCUCGCGCGAGUAUAGUUCGGUUGCAGAAGGAUAUUUUACGAAUCAGAGACUCAAAUUUAUCAACGACACAGCCAAUGAACUCUAUCCUGAAGUUAAAUUGUUGGAUCCAAAUCGAGUGAAUCUAUUGCCAUUGCAGGAGAAACUAGAAAGAUUGGAACAUGAGAUAUACAAUCAAAAACGACAGAUCGAUUUCACCGCUGAGGAUAGUGUCAAAUGGAAAGAUGAAGCAGAGAAUACAUUGCAAGAUAUGAAUAUUUUGGAAGAAGACGUAGUGCAAAAAAUCAAUUUGGUGAAUCAAAUUGUAUCGGAGGUGCAGUCAUUGGCAUUAAACAUUGAAUUGGGAACAGGCACUAAGAUCGAUAAUGCACUGAACGAAGCGAAGGACAUUCUGAAAAGGAUUAAAGAUGUCUCCUUUAUCAAAUUUCGAGACAACGCUGUAGAUCAAGCAGAUCAAGCCAAUAUUCUGAUCUCCGAAAUGCAAGAGUACAAUUUCCCGGCUAGCAACUUAAGUUUUGCCGUGGCUGAUCUCAGCAACAAGAUGAAAAAUGUUAGUGUCAAAAUGGAUGAUCUAUUGGACAUUGCAGAGAUAGCUGAAGAAUUUGCCAGCACGGCGGAUAAAUUGAAUAGAGAGAAUAGAUUCGCUGCACAGACUGGUAAUCUCGACAUUGUGAAGAAUUCUACCGCUGAAGCAAAAGAGGAUUUGGAAACUGGAGAGCAGCUUAAGAAUAAUGCCAGCGAUUUCCUUUUUCAAGCAAAGAGUAACAUCGAUCUUUUACAAACCGACACUGUUAGCGACGUGACCGCUCGAUUGAACAAUAGUAUUACUGUGAAUGACGAGAUGUUAAUCGAUCUAGCUGAACCAAUACAGAAAGCUCAUACUCAUGCGGCAUACUUAUACAAUCGUUCAUUGGAAUUAGAUAACUUAUUAACUGACACGCGCAAUACUAACGCGGUGAGAGCCGUUUCAGCUUAUAGAGAUAUUGAAACUGCAAUCCAAGCUGCAAAAGAUGCUGCUGACAAUGCCAUAAUUGCCGCUAAUAAUGCGACAUCACUGACUGAUGGAAUUGAACAGAAGAUGCUACACUCUCGAAAUGAGUGUUUCAAAUUGUUAGCCGCUGCACAGCUCGCUUUAACGAAAACGACAGGACAGCCUGAGAACGAUUUGCGAGAUGCGAGAAACAACGCAACUGUGAUCGAUAACCAAAAUAAACGUAAUAAAGAACUUCUCGAUUCUAUCGAGAAAACUCUCGGCAAUAUUCCUUCGCAAUCCUCUUCGGUUGCAUAUGACGCUAUGAAUCAGGCAGUGAACGUUGAGCGUAACAUCAAAAUUGCUAUCGAUGACAUGAAUGGUACUGUGAAUCGGAUUCCAGAAGAUCUGCGGGAAACCAAGCAGCUCUCGAAGAAUACAUCAGAAUCGAUCCGUGAUAUCUCACAAGCGAACAAGCAAUUGGAUAUCGUAGACAAAGUGAUGCCAAACAUUACUAAUCUGUUAAACAGCCUGAAUGGCAAUCAGAGAUCGAUCGACGAUAUCGGGAACGGCUUACAAAAUAAAAUCGAGGCCUUAAGAAAUAAGAUUGCGAAUGCCCGGGAAUUAGCCAAUCGUUUCAAAACUGGCUUGACUUUCUAUAGGAAUACCACCUUAGAGCUAAAGAAUCCAGAGAGUCUGCCAUUGCUAACUACUUCCACUAAGAUAUCCUUAUAUUUCAGAACUAACAAAACUAACGGUUUCUUAUUAUACCUCGGCAAUGAAGAAAAGACGAAACUAUCACGCUCAAAGAUGCAUGAUUUUAUGGCGUUAAUGAUUGAAAGCGGAUAUCCCGUGCUUAUAGUCGAUUUAGGAUCCGGACCUGAAAGGAUAAUUCACACCAAGUUCGUAUCAGAUAACGUAUGGCGGCAGAUAAUUAUCGACAGAACCGGCAAGAACGUCAAGUUAAUUGUUCGCGAAGACAUUGGCGAGGGCAAGGACGUAUUGUACGAGAAGGAACGAGUCUUGGCAGGUUCUUAUUACAUUUUUAAUGUAGAUCAAGAACACUCGAAGCUUUUUGUCGGUGGUUAUCCGUCAUCUUUCCGUAUCCAAGACGCCGUGACCGCAUCUUCCUUUGAGGGCGAGAUGGAAGAGUUAAUGAUAGGCGAUAUACCGGUAUCUUUUUGGAAUUUUGUCGACGGUGAGAACAAUCAAAAGAGUGCGCUCGAACGCGAUAAACUUAUUAAUUUUGCGCCGAGCAGAGGAUAUCGUUUUGAUCGACAUGGUUAUGCGAUCCUUAGUAAGAAAAGCUCGCAAAUCACGCCAGAUACUAGAAAAUUCAUCAUCAAACUAUCUUUCAAGACUUUCGCGGAAGAUGGAUUGAUCUAUCUGAUGGGCAAGGGCAGACAGUUCUUGUCUUUAGAAAUGAAAAAUAGUCAAUUGUUGUAUCAGUACGAUCUUGGCGAAGGUACGAUUGUCUUGAAAUCUCCGGAUAAAUAUAAUGACGGCAAUUGGCAUACUUUAGAGGCUAUCAGACAGGACACGAUGGGUGCGCUCAAGAUCGAUGAUCACACAGUCGCGUCGAGACAAGAGAAAGGAACCACCAAACCUUUGGCUACCUCGGAUCACAUUUAUUUCGGUGGCUAUCCUCCCAAUGCGAAACAUCACUAUGAAUCGGUUACCAAUAAUGGCUUUGAAGGUUGCAUCGACGACGUCGUCAUUCUGGAUACUUCGGUUGAUCUUACGCGUAACGUGCAAGCAUUUGGAGUCAUGCCUGGUUGUCCAGUUAGGUUUGCCAGUCUCGUCUCUUUCGAACAAAAUACACCCGGCUAUGUGAGAUGGCGUAACUUAGUAUCCGACGGUCUACAAGUGAAUCUUAAGUUUAAGACGUUAGCUAACGAUGGUCUGAUUUUCUAUGCAACUAAUAAUGAUCAGCAAGAUGUAGCUACUAGUUAUUUGUCGCUGGUAGAUGGCCAAUUGGUAUUCAGAAGCCAAGGCGAAGAACUUAGAACCAGUUCAUCGGAUGCAAGGUUCAACGAUAAUGAAUGGCACGUAGUGACCGCCACUCAUGAUUACUUAGCUCUUAGUCUUGAUAUCGAUGACAUGAAAAGUUACAAAACCGAUUCGGCACCGCCGCCGCUGCACUUCCUCUAUGGCAACUUGUAUAUCGGUGGACUACCCUUGAACUUAGAUCCGGAUGGUAAAACCGUACAUUUCGUUGGUUGCAUUGGUGAUGCGACUCUUAACAGCGAAAUCAUCAUCAAUUUCGCCAACACGACCGAGAGGCCACAUGCAUAUUUGGGAAAAUGCAAGGGCAGUGAUCAAACACUCCUACCAGUAGUUGAACCUGAAUUUUCACCACCAUUACUACCAUCGGAAGGUUCGGAAGAUACAAUAGAGUCAUCGACUCAAAUCAACAUAAUAGAAGUCGAGAUAGAAAAAGAGGAUGGAAAAGAUGAAGAACCAGAAUUGGAAGGACGAAUUAACAAGGAGAAAUACGAUUUCACAUCGACUACCACGUUAAGGCCAACCGAACAGCCUCAAACCAUUAAUCAAUGUCACUUACCAUACUUCCCAGCAAUUGAUCCUGAUCUUGAAAAUGCUUGGCGAUUUGGUACUGCAAGAAAUAGUAGAUUAGAAUACAGAACACUUAAUGGAAGAUACAAAGAUGAUUAUGAUUUCCAAAUUGACAUAAAAACAAUGGAGGACGAUGGAAUUAUAUUUUACGCUUCUGAUCUCAAUAAGCAAGAUUUAAUCGCUGUCUACAUGCUUGGAGGAAAGAUUCACUACAAAUUCGAUUGCGGAAGUGGACCAGCAUUGAUAGUAAGCGAUAAAAUGAUCAACAAUAAUCAAUGGCAUAUCAUCAUUUUUAAGAGAGUAGGUAACUACGGUCAGCUAAUCGUAGAUGAGGAAGAUGCGCUGACUGGAUAUUCACUGGGGCAUACCACUACUGUCAGCAUCACUCCGCCAUUUUUCGUAGGUGGCGUCUUGCCGGAAAUGUCUAACAUCGCAUAUACGAAUAUUGAUCUUAAUAAAACAUUCAGCGGCUGUCUAGGAAAUUUCAUGAUGAACGGUCAAUCCGUCGGAGAACCAUCGGAAAAAAUAGGCGUAAUACCUUGCUCGAAGAGAGUUGAACCCGGUCUCUUCUUCUUCCCAGGAAAUGGCAGUAAUUUAUUCAAAGCAGCCGAUCGAUUUAAUGUGGAUCGUAUGAUCGAUAUUCAAAUGGACAUAAAACCACGAUCAACAUCCGGACAUUUACUAUCGGUGCAUGGUAAAAGGGAUUACCUUGUGCUAGAAAUGGUCAAUGGUACUAUAAAAUUCCUCAUAAAAACGCAGAAAGGAUCUAUUGAAACCGCGUUUGAGCCAACAAAACCAAAUUCCUUGUGUGAUGGUCACUGGCACAAUAUUCGAGCUGUCAAACAGAAGAACGCGGUAUUGCUCUCGGUUGAUCAUAAACCGGCGCCGCCUGGAAUUGGCAGCAAAAACGUAGCCAGAGUCUUUUCAAAACAUCCAAUAUUCAUCGGCGGCCAUCCGAUGUUGGGAAGAAUACGAGGAAGUACCUCACGGACUCAAUAUGUCGGUUGCAUCACCAACAUAAUGAUCAACAUGAAUUCCAUUAGUAUUAGGCCCGAACGAGCCUAUGGACAAGUUUUAACAGGUGUAUGCCCAACCAUUUAAAAUGAUGAAAGAAAUCUAACAUAAAUGACAUAAAUUUAUAGUUUUAGUUAAAUUUUUUCGAACUCUUUUCUUUACAAAAUAUUUUUUAUUAAUUUCUGAUGUUUAAUUAAAAAAUAGAGAUAAAAAGUAGUAAAUCACAACUUAUACAUCAAACUUACACAUCCUUUAAUAAUUCCGGAGAAAUCAUUUUCUCGAUUAGAAAUUAUGAAAAAUUAUCUGUACAGAAUAAGGAAAUUCGUUUGUAACCAAAGAUAUGAUUUAUACGUAAUAAAAAAUGUAAAUUAUAUAAAA